AUGAGACAAUUACGCGAAGAGCAUGAAAAUUUGCUCGACGAAAUGAAGGAAUUUGAUAGAUGGAAUUCCUUCAUUAAUAUUCUCGUGGUUGUUGUGUGGGUUUGUAUUAAAAUCCAAGAUAUCCAAAGUAUCGACGAUGAAGAGCCAGCCACACCCCGUCGAAAUGAUAAUGGUGGUAUAAUUGCGAGAAGAUCACAUUAA